AUGGCAAGGCAAGCAAAAGGAAAGCAAGUUGCAGUGAAGCUUCCGGAGAAGGUAGUAAGGGUUUUUGAGAUCGAAAGAGGGGAAUUUUCAGGCAGUAAGUCGGAAGCUGUAGUUGAACCUCGGAGUCCGAUGAAUGAUAAGGCUCGUGUAACUAAAUCUCUGUCAGUUCGUGCUAAUUCAGUAUUGGAAAAUCAUAGUAAUCUUCGAAUUGUGGCAUCUGGUAGUGGUUUGGGUAAGGGGGAUUUAGAGUUAACAAAGCCAGAUCCCCAAUGGUCUAGGUUUAAUUCCGAUAAGCUUAGACCUGCUCCUACUAAAUUGGAUUUUGUGGACUCUAAAUUGGUUGAUGAUAAGAAUAUUGAGACAAUUCUAAAAGAAGAUAUAGGAGCAGAAGUUGAAUCUGAAAAACAUCAGUGGCAGAAGGCAAAGGAAGUAAAACAGGCUAAGAGGGAUAGUACUGUAAGCACUAAGCAGCCAGAGGAAGUGAAGGAUAAGCAGACAGAGGCAGUAAAGGAUAAGCAGGUUGAUGGUGCAAAACUUUCUAAGAAAGUUGAACAGUCAAUUGGGUCUACAAGCUAUGGCCAGAAUCCAGUUCGCAAUUACAGGUUAUGGGUUGAAAAGGAGAAACAAGGAGGGGGUACUCAAGUUGCCAUUCCUCAUGAGUAA